AAAUCCAUCCCACUCAUGAAAGUAGCAUGCAAGCUCAUUGGAAUUAAGUGGAUCCCAAGAAAAACAACGGAAGACAAGAGAUGCAAGCGCGAGAGGAAACGUUUGAGAGAAGAUCUUUCCCGUGACGACAUGUUGUUCCUGCUCAGUGUUCUGGAGGGAGAGCUUCAGGCGAGAGAUGAAGUCAUUGCGGUGCUGAAAACACAGAAGACAGACUCGGCUCUACUGAAGGCCCACUACGGUUUUAUUGGACUGGAUGAGGCGUUACGUUCCCUGCACGGGGACUGGCUGCGAUGGCAACAACAGGACUACCUUGAGGAUAUGUGCAAAACAGCGACUGCCGAGUCCCACAAAAGGUCAAACAAGAGGAGGGAGGAGCUUCUUGAGGUAUCAAACGCUCACAGAGAUGCUGUUAGCAGAAAUGAAGAGCGGCCGAGAAACCACUGGGAUUUCUUUCAAAAGUAUAAGUGCGUUAUAGCGCUACUGGAGGAUGACCGAGAGAGACUGAAGCUCCUGAUUGUAAAGGAACGACAAUACCAGGAGUUAAAGGAGACCAUCAGAAAGAGAGACACAUCGCUUCUUCAAGAGGAGCUGAACGGGCUGAAGGCUUUUGCACUGCUGCUUGUAAAGGGGUAUCAGAGUUUGGAGAACCUGUUGGAGGAACACUGGCGUCAUGUGAAAGAACUGAGCGUGAUCACAGAAAGUAUCGACCAGGAGGCCGGUGAAGCGAAACAGAGACCGCAGCCAAAUUCGAUGCAUCCGAAGGUGGAGCGACACAAUUCAUACACAAACGUCCAUCGCUCCCAUCACGCUAUGACAGCUCAACUCACCGACGAGGCAGCUAGAAGUCAGCCACUUAGACAGCAACACGCAAGCCUUGGUCGUCAGAUAGAGGAGAAACGGGACGGUUCUGCAAGGGAAAAGGACAAGGAGCUGCAGCAGACCGGUGAUCGAGGAGCUCGACAGCCAAGCUCGUUGUCAGAAGUGGAGGUACUGAGGAGAAGGGUGGUGGAGAUGGAAGGGAAGGAUGAGGAACUUAUCCGCAUGAGGGACCAGUGUCGGGAUCUGGACUGCAGACUGGUAAGGGAGACGACAAACUGCUCGAGCCUGAAGGAUGAGGUGAAUAGGCUCAAUGGGAGAAUUAGUGAAUUGGACCGCAUAGAGGAGACUUUGGGCAAAAGCAAACAAGAGUGUUGCAAUCUGCGGGAGAGCUUGGAAAAAGAGACAAACGUCAGCAAGAUGCUCUCAGGUGAGGUGGACUCCCUGAAGGUCAAAAUGAGAGAGUUGGAGACAAGUGAGGGCCAAUUGCAGAAAAGCGAGGUGGCGAUCAGACAUGACCUGGCCACGCUCAGGUCUCUGACAGCCGCCUUGGUGGAGGACAGAAAGACCAUGUCGGAGAGACUGCAGGAAGCUGAGAGAAAACUCGGCAGGAGGGGGUUAAAAACCCCCGCGGGGACUUUUGAGGAAGAGGCACAGAGCUCAAAAUCAGAUGUCGAAGAAAAAAUAACAGGCAUAGCAAAGGAAAGGAAUGAGUUACAAACACGGCUCGCGGUGGAGCAGCAGAGAAACAUGGAGCUCGAGAGUAAAAUGGUCACUAUGAGGAAGAGGUUACAAGUUUUGGAGAACAGGAGAGAAAAGGAAGAGAAGUACACCCAAGGCUCGAGCAACAACGAUCCUUGGUGCCAAAUGGAAGAGAAUAAAGCCAAACAACUCACAUGGGAGCUGGAGAGGCUACAAAAAAGACUGCAGGACAAGGAGAUGAUGGAGAAAGAAUUGAUGAAAGUAGAGGAUGACUACGAGUCUCUGGAAAAGAGAUUCAAGGAGGAACAGAUCAAGUCCAAGUCUCUACUCCGGGAGCUUGAGGUGGCCAAAAAGGAGCUUUCCGGAUACAAGCAGGCAGAAAAGCAGGAUGUAAACCAGGAACAUCUUCUACUUUGCCGUCUUCAGAAGGAGCAAGUCAAGUCCAGGCUGCUCAUGAGAGAGGUCAGUGCCCUGAAGGAGCAACUCCAGCAGCUGAUGGGCACAGAAGAAUCCAUCAGCAGGGUCCAGACAGACCACUCUGCGCUGCAGGGUAAGUUAAUGCAACAAGAAGCCAGGAACCGGGAGCUCGCUCGAGAGAUGAAAGACUUGAGCGGCGAACUCGACAGAUACAGAUGCUUAAAGAAUCUUGCGCCAGGUGGGAACGAAGAGCAUUAUCGCCCCACCAAGGAGGUCCAAACCGAGCCAGCGGCCGACUUGUCUACGGACUGCCAACUGCCCGCAACAUUUGGCCAGAAACACAACGAUGAGGAUCCGAACCACAACAUCGAAGUCAUAGACUGCCGGGGCUCAACUCUCGUCAGCAACCUUAACAGCUUGAACAGUGCCAACAACAUGGUGAGCCAAAACAGAGGCCACGCAGCCAACGGAGUCAAUGUGCACCAAGCGAACGGGGACGUGAUGAUGCUGAGGCACACGCCGGGGCAGCCACUACAAAUCAAGGUCACGCCUCACCACAUUCUCAACACGGCCACCCUUGAGAUCAGCAGCCCCACGACGGACGCCUCCGGCUCCUACACCAGCACAGCCUUCAUCCCAUCUGGCGGAAACGCACCAAACCAAAGAAUCACCAUCAUCCAGAAUAAAUCGCCACCCUCGAGUCCUGACCGCACAAUCUCCCUGCUUAACGGGACGCCCGUCUCUCGAGUGAUGAGUCCAAAUUCAUCCCGCUCUGCAACUCCCGACCUUCCGAUCCAGAUUUUGACCGUCAGGACAUGUUCGCCGGAGCCAACCGACAUCGAGAGCCAGGGCGCCUUCUGCAAGACUCCUGAGCGGCAGAACAGCUGGCACCACGUGUGCUCCGGUAGCCCUGACUCCAGUCCCAGCAUCAUCACCACAGAAGACAACAAGAUCCACAUUCACCUCGGGAACCCAUAUCUCCCAUCUCAUGGCAUGCCGCCGCCUGUCGGGCCGUACUACCUUCGACAUGAGCAGAGGACUCAAGUACUCGCAAAUGGCUGCCAUGUCAAAGGUGUGGGCAAGAUUACCAGUAGCAUUACCAUAUCGCCUGCUACAUCUCCCGCCUCACACUCCCCUAUGUAGCACUGGCCAGUUCAAAAACGUGUGAAUAUCUCCGGCCAAUUGACAUUCUGUUUUAUGCCCCCACCCCCUGAGACUUUGCAAUUAAAUCAAUACAUGUUUUUUGGACACGCCAUAAUACACUUGACCUAAUAUUUCUUAACCAAAUAACAUUUUGUAUGACUUGUUUCUACUGCUUGUAUAAGAAUGACACAAAUCAACUGCAGUAAAAUAUCCUAUCUGUAAA